AUGGUUUUGAAUAAGACCAGAUCGCAAAUCGGAGAUGGUAAAAAUACAUUAUUUUGGCACGAUUUGUGGUUGGGGGACAGCCCACUCAAAACCAAGUUCCCGAAGUUAUUCAGGCUGUGUUUGCACCCCAGUGGUACGGUAUUCUCGUUUGGAUUUUGGAAUGGACGUAAAUGGGAGUGGUCCUUCCACUGGGCAAGGGAAUUUCGACCUCAUGAUAUAACUGAAUGGAACAAUCUUCUCACGUUGAUUGAUAGAGUGAAUUUCAAUCCGGAAAUCCCGGACUCAUUCAUUUGGACGCCUCACAAAUCAGGCGUUUUUUCAGUAAAAUCAUUCUCAUUCGAAAUGGCGAAAUCACUGUCAAAUAUUCAUAUAGCUUCCUUCAAAGGUCUAUGGAAGGGUCUUAUUCCCCACCGCAUCGAGCUUUUCUCAUGGUUCGCCAUACUCGGGAAACUUAAUACAAAAGCAAAGCUCAUCCAUCUCAGAAUAAUUCCUCCAGUCGAAGGACAAUGUGCACUAUGUGGAUGCAAUAUGGAAACUUCCAACCAUCUUUUCAUUCAGUGUCCCAUUUCACGGAGCCUAUGGUGUUGGUGGCUUAAUAUUUGGGGGCUCCAAUGGGUCUUCCCCUCGGACCUACGGGAUGUUUUUAUACAAUGGCUCCCUCCCCAUAAAGGUGCGUUUUUCAAAAAAAUAUGGCUCGCAAGUUUCUCAAUCAUUAUUUGGACAAUUUGGAAGGAAAGGAACUUGAGAAUUUUUCAGCAAAAAUCAGAAACCAUUCACCAACUACAGAAUCUUGUUCUCCUUAGGAUGUGUUGGUGGAUAAAAGGAUGGGGUGACCCUUUUCCGUACAACCCUAAUGAAGUCCUCAGAAACCCCACAUGUUUGCAAUGGGGCUCAUCAAAGAAAACUCCUGGAUUAUCAAUCACCCCCUAUACUAUUGCUGAUUGGGCCCCCCCUGCGGAAAAUGCAUUAAAAUGGAAUGUGGAUGCCUCCUACCACCCCUCGUCGCGCAAAUCAGCCAUAGGUGGAGUUCUUCGUGACUCUAAAGGAAACUUCAUUUGUGUUUUCUCAUCCCCUAUUCCAUGCAUGGAGAUAAAUCCAGCUGAAAUAUAUGCAAUUCAUCGAGCCAUUCAAGUGUCCCUAAACUGCAGCAACACCAUUGGCAAUCGAACUAUAAGCGUGGAAUCCGACUCCGCAAAUGCAGUAAAAUGGUGCAAUGAAAAAUCUGGGGGCCCAUGGAACGUUCAUUUCAUUAUAAACUUCAUCCGAAAUAACGCAGCAGCGCAUAACAUCGAAAUUUCUCACAAGAGUCGCGCCUCGAAUAUGGUGGCUGAUUGUCUGGCAAAGCAAGGGCUCAACAGGGAAGAUGAUUUUAUUGCUUGGAUGUGA